CCAAGGGCUCCAUGGAUGGCGGAGAACCUGGGACCUGAUCACUGGGAGAGGUACACUCAGCUGCUGAGGAUGCCGCAGACGUUCAAGAUGGAGCUGAGUCACCUACAGAGGCACUACAGCCACUCAGGCAUGAUUCUUCACACUUAUCAGAAAACGAUGGGCUGCGAGUUGUUGAAAAAUGGUAAUGCCACAGGUUUCCAAUAUGCAUAUGAUGGACAAGAUUUCAUCGUCUUCAAUAAAGACACCCUCUCCUGGCUAGAUAUUGUGGCUCACAUCACCAAGUGGACGUGGGAGGCCAAUCUGCAGGAGUUGCAAUGCUAAAAGAAUGCCUGGCUAUAGAGGUUCUUGGAGUAUGGAAAAGACACCCUAGAAGGAAUAGAGCCUCCAGUGGUCAGAACAAGUCGAAAGGAAACUUUUCCAGGGACUACAACUCUCUUCUGCAGAGCUCAUGGCUUCUACCCACCAGAAAGUUCCAUGACGUGGAUGGAAAACGGGGAAGAAUUGCCCAAAAGAGUGGGUUAUGGAGGCGUGUUUCCCAGUGGGGAUGGAACCUAUCAAAUGUGGGUGUCGGUUGAUCUAGAUCCUCAGAGCAAAGACAUUUAUUCUGGUCUCCAAAUGGUUCUUGAGGCCCCUCAGGAAUCAGAAAGCAUUCUUCUAAUGGUGAACAUGAUCUCUGGGACCAUAGUCCUCACCAUUGUCCUGGCUGGCGUUGGUGUUCUCACCUGGAAAAGGCUGCGAGAGUAAAAAGAAGUCAUCUACCAUCCCACUCAAAUCAGGGAGCACAGCUCUCCCUCUUAGGAGGGCACCCAGAUGUCUGUUGUCAGAAGUCUCGGCCAUACUCCUGACACAAUGGGGGAUUAGAGAAGUGAGCAUAUGUGAUAAGAAGACAGGAGCUACAAAUUGUUCAGGUUCUUGGUGGACUCCGUUAUCGCCAUCAGCUCUAAAUACAGUCUGUCUCAUGACCGAGCACCUCCCAGCAUCUUAUUUCUCCAUGGUGAUUACAAGGAGAUUACAGAAUCUUAGAGCUGCAAGGAACUUUUUCAUCCUAGCAGGAGAUGUCUUCCUAUAAUGCUGUAGGCUUGAGCAUCCUGCCUUCCCGUGACACCAUGUGCGGAGAUGCCAUUCCACCCCAACAGACUUUCUAGUUCAUCUUCUCUCGUGAGAGUGUUUACCAUGUAAGAACUUUGACUAUCAUGUGAAUCUCUAAGGAGGGUUGGAGCGGCCUACGAGAACAGCCAGCAAGUUUCUACAGCAGCCUGCGAAUGGACUAAUCGUUAAAUGCAUAUCGUGGCCCAACAGGAAAAAGAAGCAUCCUGUUCCUGACGACUCUAUCAUGCAGCUUGGAAUAUUGGAAGUGGGUCUGACUAGAUCUAUGGCAAUGGCUUCACUUUUACCACUUCUGUGAGAAAUUAGAACAGUAAUUUGUCAGCCGGGCGUUGGUGGCGCAUGCCUUUAAUCCCAGCACUCGGGAGGCAGAGGC